CACCACCCGUACGAACUCACGCUCGACCAUCCUCAACACAGUACUGACAUGCUCCAUGAGUAUCGAUGGUACUGCAAUUUCUCUUGACCAAGCCAUAGCUUGAUCACCUGGGAACCACGCCUUGUUAUGGGACAAUCUUGCGCCGCGAUGUCAACGAUCCAAGAGGAUGGGGCUUCUGCCUUCAGCACGGCAAUGUCCAUCUGGAAUCUAACCAUCGAGCCACAGUCUCAUGAUGGAAGGUAGAGGUGCGAUAUCCGCACGCAGAUGGCGUGGCACCGUACGAGAUAUCGGCGUCAACUCGACAUAUGAGGACAUGGUGAAUUCAUCCUGUUCUUCUUGCGAGAUCCAUGCAGAUAAGUCUGCAUACUGGACACCAUUGUUAUACUAUCACUACCCGAACGGGAGCUUCUACGAAGUGCCUCACUUUGGAAGCGUGGUCUACUAUCUGGGCCGCGGACCAAACGUUGCGACUACCAUACCCUUCCCUCCAGGCUUGCAGAUACUCUCUGGCAACAAGGCCGCGAGAAGUUACGACAACCAGACCUUGACCUGGGGCAAUGCCGAAUACCCUGGGCAACCGAUCGCCGACCGCGUCAGCUUCCUCUGCCUUACCGCCGGAGAUCUUCCGCCAAACAUGCCGUAUAUGUAUAACGCGACGCAAUGCGUGAACGGCAUGCGCGCACAGAUUGCCUUUCAGUCGUGCUGGGAUGGCAUUCACAAUUACACAACGGAUAAUAGCCAUGUUGCUUAUCUUAGUGGGAUUGACAACGGCAUCUGUCCGCCAAAUUACCCGUAUCAGUUCCCAACAAUCUUCGUCGAGACGUUGUACGCGGUCACCUCGGUGCCGGAGGGCACAGACGACGACCGGUUCGUGUUUUCCCAAGGCGAUCCGACGGGCUACGGUUUUCAUGGUGAUUUCAUCAACGGCUGGGACAUGGACGUGCAGACAGAAGCAGUCAACAACUGCUUGUACAACGGUGCACCAGAUGGUGUGAUCCAGGAAUGCCCUGUUCUGAACCAGCAAGACUCAAACGGAUACCCUGAGAAUUGCCCGGAGCGGCCGCCGCAGAUUGGUGAGCCUGUCAAGGGCCUGCUGACGCAGCUGCCUGGCUGCAUCGAAAUCACUUACGGACCCGAAGCUGCACCGGCCGCAUCCAUGCAAUGUCCUGCGAGCGUAGCUUUGCCGUCCAUCACCCCUACGCCAAUGGGUAUGCCGCUUGCAACCGCAUCACCUGUGCCAGGUCAGCCGUUUGGUCUGCCCGAACAGAUAUACAUGGGCUGCUACAAUGAUACCGGCGGUACUCCUGGCUUCAAGACUCUCAAUGGGCUCUUCUACUCGAACUACACCAACAUGACAGUGGAGUUCUGUCAGAAUUAUUGCAUGGCGAACGGCUAUCGCUUCUCCGGCGUCGAGUAUGCGCAGGAAUGUCACUGCGACAAUGAGAUCAACCCAACAGCUAUUAUGGCACCCAAUGGUACCGUGAACCAAUGCACGUGGAAUUGUGGCGGGACCAUGACUCUCGGAGACGUCGAACAAGAGUUUUGCGGCGGGCUUCAGUACAUCGACAUUUACAAGAACGUCAACACGAGCUUCGUCGCUUUCGGCAACAACGACAACACAGCAGGUAACGCGCAGCCGUAUACGCCACCGUCUGGUUUCGGAUCGAAUUAUCUUGGUUGUUGGCAAGACAAUGCGCAAGGCACUCGACUGCUGGAUGGCGACAUGACUGCUGCACAGUACAUGAAUCUCACCGUGUGUGCUGACUUCUGCGCUGCGGGUAACAACGGCUUCGGCUUCCAGUACUACGGUACUGAGUUCGGCAACCAAUGUUUCUGCGGCAACGAGAUAACCAACACGAGCGCCCAACUCACAGCUACGACAACCCCAACGAACCAAACGUGCCAGAUGCGCUGCUACGGCGCCGAGCCAGAGAUCUGCGGCGGCCCGUCGGCCGUCAGCCUAUACAACAACACGGCGUAUGUUCCACCCGUCGUGAAGCCCAGUAUCGGUAAGUAUGUAUCGCAGGGCUGCCUUGUGGACCCCAACGGCCCGGGUGGACGAGCGAUACAAGGGAACGACACCCGAAGUGCGGAUAUGACCAUUGAGAAAUGCAUUAAAUUCUGCUUGGGGUCUUACUAUCACUAUGCAGGCAUUGAGUACGCGGCCGAGUGUUACUGCGGGAAUGAGAUCUUACCCGAGACUCAGACCGGCGGGCACCUCGCACAAUGCAACAUCACCGACAUGAUGCGGUGCGCCGGUAACGUGUAUGAGUACUGCGGUGGGCCUGGGUUCAUGGAUCUGUACUACUCCGCAUCGCUUUAGCACACCUGUAUACAUCUCGCGAGCGCAAACAGGCAUCUAUGUUCUAU